ACCCUCAAAGUAAACUCCCGAAACUUUUAGAAGCGUCAGUACUGAGUUGAGUUGGCUAUUAUUUGAAUAGGCCUAUUUAUCUCUUUACAAACGUUUCACACAUUUAGUCUCAUUGAGGCUAUCCAAACUUGUCAGGUCAGUCAGUCGGUCCAUAAUUUAUUUGAAAAGUAAUUUUUGUCAACUUGCAGGAGCAACAUCAUGUAUCCAGAAUCUACAGUGGGGUGCAGCUUUGAGGAGUGCAGCGCUACAGCUGAAUGGCUCCUGUCCCGGACAGAGAUGCGCCCCCUGGUGGGGAUAGUUUGUGGCUCAGGCUUGGGAGGCUUGGCAGAAAUGCUAAAAGAUCAGAUUGCAUUUAAAUACAGCGACAUUCCUAACUUUCCCCAGAGCACAGUGCAUGGUCACGCUGGCAGGUUGGUGUUUGGCAUGCUGAAAGGGAAAGCAUGUGUUUGUAUGCAGGGAAGAUUCCAUCUCUAUGAGGGAUACCCCAUCCAUAAGGUCACAAUGCCCAUGCGGAUUUUCAAGCUGCUGGGUGUGGAGACUGUCAUCCUGACCAAUGCAGCUGGAGGUCUCAAUCAGGACUACAAGGUUGGGGACAUCAUGAUCAUCAAAGACCACAUCAACAUGCCUGGGUUCGCUGGGAACAACCCACUGGCAGGACCCAAUGAUGAGAGGUUCGGGGUUCGGUUCCCCUCCAUGUCUGAUGCGUACGACAGGGAACUUCUGCAGCUGGCACAAGGUGUGGGGGCGGAGCUUGGCUUUGGUGACUUCCUGAGAGAGGGAGUUUACUGCGUCCUGGGCGGGCCCUCAUUCGAAACCAUCGCUGAGUGUCGUAUGAUGAACAGACUGGGGGCUGACGCUGUGGGCAUGAGUACGGUGCACGAGGUGAUUGUAGCGCGUCACUGUGGGAUGCGUGUGUUCGCCCUGUCCCUGAUCACCAACCAGGCUGUGAUGGACUACGACAGCCAGGAGAAGGCCAACCACAAGGAGGUCCUGGAGACAGGCCAGCUGAGGGCAACGCAGCUAGAGAGACUGGUGUCCAACAUGGUGACCUACAUAGAGCACAACAAUAACGACGCCUGAUAACUCUGACUGACCCUGGUUACACCGUGUGUGUGUGUCUGUGUGUGUGUGGGGGGUGGGGGCGUCUGGCCAAGCCAAGCUGUUCUUUUUCUGUACUUUAACAUUCUUCAAGGUAGCUGUUUGUUGACAACGUGAAUCAUUGUUUAAUGUUUGUUAUGAAAAAAUGACAAUUCGGAGUAAAGUACUAUUAUUUAUGAGCCCUGCACUAAACGUUUAUAAAUAUAGAGCUGUAUUGAGGUGAAUUGACCCGGACGGACAUUAAAUUAACUUUAUAUUUAUUUUUGUUCAGUUCAGAAAUACUUGCACGUUGUACCUUCCCUAACAAGUGUGACUAAUAUGUAGAUUUUAAAAUUAGAUGAUAUAGGUGAAGUAAAUUACCAAAACGUAAGGGUGUUCCCAUAAUAUAGUGGGCUCUAAAGUGCGACCAAUUUGGUCGCAUAUGCAACAAAAUAUUUAGCUGUGCGACUGCAGUUUUAAUUUUGGAGCACAGAAAGAAAGGAAAAGGGAUAGCUUCUUCAGGAGAUCAGUGAUUCUAGUAAAGAUGGUUUAGUAUGAAGAUGCCUAGAAACUGCUUCUCCAAUAGAAAUCCCAGAUCACGCAUGUAGUUAUGCGAUGUCCUGGCAAAGUUAGUUGGCUAAACUCAUGUGCAGAAACACGUCAUUGGGUCGAACUGUCGUGUCGCACUGAACUGCGCAUUUGCAUUCCGGCAAAAUCAAUGGCACUCCUUCGAUAUAAAUGAAAACGUGUCAGUUUGUCACUUUAACAAGGUUAUGACAUGUUCAGCUACUUAAAACAUUGGCUCGAAUCUAGAUUGAAAAUCGAGAAAAUGAACAACUAAGAUAUAAUUUUCCACUUCUCAUUGAUUUCCCAAACCCCAGUCUGGUUUGUUGAGUCGGCUUUGCGAAGCGUUCAUGGAAGUAUCAUAAUGUUGUGCCUCUCUGAGUUUAGAAACUCUGAUCAUAGCAAUGAGUGAAUGACGGUUGUGACUAGAGUGACUUUACGUAGCAGGUUAAGAGAGCAUUUGAGCUAACCCUAGCCAUUUUAUACCCUUAACCUAAGUAUCGUAAUCAACCACGUUAGUUAUCCUAACUUGCUGCAUAAGUUCUACUAACCUGCUAUGAAAAAGUCACUUCCGGUAAUGGCCGUACUCCUUUCUAGUCAAAACCAUGAAUGUCAGAUCUCUUGCAUGUAGUCAUCACAAACUUGACGCUCUUAAAGAGACACUGUACCAUUUUCAAUGUAAUGCAUCUCAAUAAGAAAAUAGUGCUUUUACAUCAUGUAGAAACCUUAUAUUCCCCACAUGACCGGUAUUUGUAUCAACAUUUUAGCUUUUUAUAAUAAACCAAUGUAUUUACAGCAUAACAUAUUCGUUUCUAGGGCACAACAUGUGCUUCAGAAGUAAAUAGAAUUAAUAUAGGCUAUAUGCUCUUAAAAAAAAAAAUGGUGCUUCUAACGUUUUAAAGUUGGGAGCACCAGUGCUACCAAUGACAUGUUUGAAUUUAGAGCAGUGACUGUAAUGUGCUGUAAAGUAGAAGUGUGUUGGUAUACUAACAAUUAUGUUCUCUGUAUAUUUUUAAUACUUAUUUAUAGAAGCACUUUUUUAUCGUGUAAUGUAUGCUUUUUCGUCAACGUCUUAAAAGGGGUUAAACUAGAUUAUUUUACCUUCCAAACGGCGGGUAGUUUUAGCUUUGCCUUAUAAGAAUGCUCAUGAAUGUGUAUAUCAAUGGGGAUUGAAAGGUGAAUAUAGGGUAUUUUGUUGGUGCUACACUCAAGUCUUACUGUCACAAUAAACAGAGUCAACUUGAUAGA